AUGCCCAAUCCCAGGCUAGAUCCCACUUGUGGAGAGACUAAUGCCCAAUCCCAGGCUGGAUCCUCCUUGGUGAGUGAAGAGACUAAUGCUCAAUCCCAGGCUGGAUCCCCCUUGGUGAGUGGAGAGACUAAUGCUCAAUCCCAGGCUGGAUCCCCCUUGGUGAGUGGAGAGACUAAUGCUCAAUCCCAGGCUGGAUCCCCCUUGGUGAGUGAAGAGACUAAUGCUCAAUCCCAGGCUGGAUCCCCCUUGGUGAGUGGAGAGACUAAUGCCCAAUCCCAGGCUGGAUCCUCCUUGGUGAGUGAAGAGACUAAUGCCCAAUCCCAGGCUGGAUCCUCCUUGGUGAGUGAAGAGACUAAUGCUCAAUCCCAGGCUGGAUCCCCCUUGGUGAGUGGAGAGACUAAUGCUCAAUCCCAGGCUGGAUCCCCCUUGGUGAGUGAAGAGACUAAUGCUCAAUCCCAGGCCUUGGUGAGUGGAGAGACUAAUGCCCAAUCCCAGGCUGGAUCCUCCUUGGUGAGUGAAGAGACUAAUGCCCAAUCCCAGGCUGGAUCCUCCUUGGUGAGUGGAGAGACUAACGCUCAAUCCCAGGCUGGAUCCUCCUUGGUGAGUGGAGAGACUAAUGCUCAAUCCCAGGCUGGAUCCUCCUUGGUGAGUGGAGAGACUAACGCUCAAUCCCAGGCUGGAUCCCCCUUGGUGAGUGGAGAGACUAAUGCUCAAUCCCAGGCUGGAUCCCCCUUGGUGAGUGGAGAGACUAAUGCUCAAUCCCAGGCUGGAUCCCCCUUGGUGAGUGGAGAGACUAAUGCCCAAUCCCAGGCUGGAUCCUCCUUGGUGAGUGGAGAGACUAACGCUCAAUCCCAGGCUAGAUCCUCCUUGGUGAGUGGAGAGACUAACGCUCAAUCGCAAAAAUUAACUCCUUACUUUUACGUCCAUGUGGUGAUAAACAGAAUUUAAUAGGUACAGAUGAGGAUCUUAAUUUGAUCACACUUUUGUUGCUAAUAAUUUCCCUGCACCGCAUGAAAUGCAGAUGAGCUUUGAUUUACAUAAAUUCACUGAAAACCCACACUUACAUCUGGUUAUAUUUACAUUAUUGCACUUUUCAUGUAGUCUACUUAUGGCCAGCUAAUUACCUAACCACCUAUCUAUCAAGCAACAUUAUGGACUAAACUUUUAAAUUGUGUUGCUGCAGGAUUAUUUUGCUGCGACAAUAUAGGUCAAAUUAAGAUCCAACAUCUGUAAAAACAAUAUGGUAUUGGUAUUGUAAUAUCUCCACCUUGCUCUUUGGCCGCUUAUACCGAUAAAAGUCUCUCAGUGCAUAGGCUAGGAGGUAGGCCCCCCACGGGAAUGUUUGUACAAAAACUGAGAAGCUCGUUUCUGGUGACUUUUUAAAUAGGCACUCUACACCAAAAUAAUUUAUGUUGACACCAUCUGAAAUAGAAUUUUCCCUUUUUUAAAGCAUUAAAACCUGUUGCUCAACUAAUGCAGCAUAGUGGCUUUAAGUAAAUCGGCCGAGUCACAGUGUUUCCCAUCUGCAUUUACCUCAUUGAAAACCCGAAAAGACAUUGAAUGCCUCAAAUGCUACAAAUAUAUGUUGUCACUGUGAUCUUAAAAGCGUAUCUGGGUAGAAAUAUGACAUUUUUUGUAAUCAUAUUUUUGUGGCGCUGCUAAAUUAAUAUAGGAGAAACAUUGACAUAGGCUUACCAUUACUGUACCAAAUGAUGUCUAUGGAUCAAUAUAGAGAGGUUAUGAGGGGUCUGUUUUUGGAUUGAAAUGUCUCCUUGGUUUAUCAUCCACUGUAUAGCCAUGAUGAGGGACAUUGAGAGAAACACUUUUUGUUGUUUUGUAUAUUGUGAUUUUGCUGUAGAUAUUGCCAGAGAACCAGGAGACCCAAAAGA